CAGCGAGGGUUUGUGUGGCAAAAGCACUCCCAGCUGAGAAGCCUUCAAGUUCUAGAAAAACUCGACAGGAACGAUGAGCCAGUCCAUCAUGGAGAGCCUGUUCGGAGACGAUCUCUUCUUCGAGGACUCGUGUCUGCUGUGGCCGAGACGCGGCGGCCUGACCGAGCGAUUCCUGCGACGUAGAGAGCAGAUGAUGGAGAGCUUAAGGGCAGACGUCGGAGACAGACUCAUAAACGAGCUGUUUCAGAGCCUGGAUGAACUCUUCUCCUCGCCCUCGUCUUCCACGCCGUCCUCCACGUCCACCGCCGGACUCACGGGCCCGAGCGUCUUCUCUCUCGACGCUCGCGGCUUCUCUCCGGAAGACAUCGGCGUCACUGUGCGAGGCAGAAAGCUGGAGGUCAAGGUGGCAAAGCCGGGCGAGACGGACUCGUCCGCUCCUGCGGGAUUCUCACGGAGCGUGGAGCUCCCGGAUCAUGUCGAUCCGUCCACGCUCACCUGCACGCUGGGGGACGACGGCUUCCUGAAGAUCGAGUCUCGGGUCAGAGAGGCCGAGGCGGAUAAGAACGCCGCCGCCGCCGCUGCCGCUGCUCCCGCCGCUGCCGCCGCCGAUGCCCCGGUGCUCUUCAGAACGUCGCUGGACUUCCCCCUGGGCAAAGACAGCACAAGCAAAACAGAGGAGAAAAACGAUUAGAGACUCCACACACACACACACACACACACACUGAAACCUCGUGCCAUGCUGCUUGACAUUAUGUUUUCCCAAAUGAUCUGUGUUUUGUAAAAAUGUAUUUUAUCCCACGCCUAAGCUAUUUACACUCUCAUGGCACUCGAAGUAAUAAAACUUUUUCACUCAUCA